GAAGUAAGCUAUGCACAUUACUUGCAACUCACAAAGAGAAGUUGUCUCGUUCGUGUGUGAAAAUAUAUUUUCACAAUAGGCAGCCAUCUUUAAUUUAGAAUUAAAUUUACUGGAAAAUAAUCGUGUUAAAAUAACUAGAAAAAGUAAAAUUAAAUUGCAUCGAGCAGCAAAACAAUAAAACUACGCAACCAUAGCUUAUACAAACGCUUCAUAAACGCACGCUUUCGCUUAUCCAAUACACCCAAAAAAAUACCCAUUAAAAUACAUAUUCCUAUAUAGUAUAUCUAAGAAUCAUGGUCAGCGUUAAGGUCAACGUAAAUUCACAGCAAUUGCACUCGCGUCCUGCACAUUUGAACAACGGUAUCAACAAUCUUAAAGCAAACAUGGCAUUCCGUGGCAAUCAGAAUCGCAACCGUAACUUUGGUGGCGGCGGUAAUCAAUACGGCGGACCAAUGGGAGCCAAUCGCAUGGGCGGCAUGAAUAUGUCGCCAUGGGAAUCCCAGAAUCCCGGCGGCGGCCAAUUUGGCAACAAUAUGCGCCAAGGUGGCGGCCAGAUGAAUGCCCAGGCCAUUAAUUUGGCUAAUAAUCUGCUGAACAACCUAUUCGGCAAUCAGAAUCCACCCUCGCUGCUGGAUCUACCACGCGGCGGCAUGGGCAAUCGCAAUCAACGCGGCGGACCGAUGGUCAAUCGCGGCGGCGGUGCCGGCAAUCGUCUCAAUAAUCGUCGUGGCCAAGGAGGUUUCCAAAAUCGUGGCGUUACGGGUGGUCCAAAGCCCCCACAAAAGCAGGGCGCCGGCGGCAUUCGUAAACAGAAUGCUUUUGAUCGUGCCAAGAAACUUUUGGCUAAAAAUGCCAAUACUAAUAAAAAGAAGGAAAUUACUCCUGGCGAAAAGAAAAUUGAGAGUGCCACCACACCAAAGGAGUCGCCGUAUGCUAGCGUCCCGAAUGAUAUGUUCUAUUGCCAUUUGUGCAAGAAGCACAUGUGGGAUGCCAACUCGUUUGAGAACCACAUCAAGGGACGCACCCAUUUGAUGAUGCGUGAGGGUAUUGAGGAGAGCUAUCGUCUGAAGGCCAACAUGAUACGCCAGGAGGCUAAGAUUGCCGAGCAGCUGAAGUCGAUUGAGUUCGAUCGUUUGAAGCGCAUGGGUAAGAGCAAACAGCGCCAGUUGGAUUAUUGCACCAUGUGCGAUCUGAAUUUCCAUGGCCAUAUCUCCACCCAUCGCAAAUCGGAGGGUCAUUUGCAGCUGAAGAAGUUCUUGCAUCCCAAGUGCGUGGAGUGCAACAAAGAGUUUGCCACACGUAUCGAUUAUGACACUCAUUUGCUGUCAGCCGAUCAUCUGAAGAAGGCUGCUGAGAACAACACGAAGGUGGGCGAGCGCAAGCGUCAGACUCUGCCCAUAAGCACCGCUGAGGAAGAAACACGCGAUCUCCGUCCACCACAGAAGCGCAAGAAGAAGCCCGUGAAGAAGGAAGGCGAGGAAACUACAGAAGUCAAGAACGAAAAAGAAGAGGGUGCCGAAGGUGAGGAAGCUGAAGGCGAGGAGCCCAAAGAAGGCGAAGAGGCUGCUGAUGAAACCAAGGAGGGCGAAGAUCUCAACGAGAGCCAGGAAGAGGAAGAGGUUGCUCUGCCUGUUGAUCCCGAGGAUUGUAUUCUUGACUUUUCCGAAGGCGAUGAGAUACCCAGUGAAGUAGACACACGUUUGCCCAAAUACAAUUGGCAGCGCCCCGUUGGUCCUGGCCUGAUCUCAAAGCUGGAGUGCUUUGAGUGUGCUGUGUGCAGCAAGUUCUUUGACACAGAAGUCACCGCCGAGAUUCACUCUCGCACCGCCACUCAUCAUCGCAACUUCCUCAAGUUCAUCAAUGAGAAGUCCAGCGAUACCAAGAUCGCACAAAAGCGCGCUGCUGCUGCCCUUGAGGAGAAUGAGCGCAAGAAGCGCAAAAUCGAGGAGACCGAGACUCCAGCUGCUGAGGGCGCUACCGAGGAGACAGCCGAAGCUGGCGAGGGAGAGCUCUACGAUCCAUCGGAGGCCACUGGCGACGAUGAAGACUUCGAGAUGGUUGAGAAUGCUGAAGGCGAGGAAGAAGCCGGCGAAGAGGAGCUUGUCGGUGAUGAGAACGGUGAGGAGAUGGAGACCCAGGAAGACGAAGAAGUAGAGCCAGAGCCGGAACCGGAACCGGAGCCAGAGCCAGCUCCAGUACCAACUCCUGCACCUGUUGCUCAGCCAGCUACACCGGCUAAGCCGGAGCCAGCCAAGACGCCGGCCAAGGCUCCAGCAGCAACUCCUGCUGCUGCUGCUGCCACACCAGCUGCAGCAGCCACUCCAACUCAAGCUCCAGCUGUUGCCACACCGGCUGCAGCUGCUCCUGCAGCCGAUGCCUCGCCAUCGCCGGCCAAGAAGGCAACGCCCGCCAGGGCUGCAGCCGGUCCCAAGGCAACGCCGUUACGCAAUCGCGCGCGCGGCCGUUACAACCGAUACUAGACGAAAAAGCAGGAGAUGGCGGCAAUAUUGGGCAUAAGACACAAUAUAUAGAUAUAUUAUAAUCCAUUAAUCUAAAACACACAACUUUCCACACGUUCGAGAGAAACCCCUUUACUACUGUAAGAGAGAUUUGAAAGUGGAUGCACUUCCUCACCUCACCUCCAGUUACACGGCAAAGCAAGCUCGACUUUUUUCUCUUAGUGACAUUUUCAUCCCAUUUUGCAUAAACAAUUUGUAAUUUGUAAUUGACACAGACA